CACAGGUUAGUUGAAGAUUUCCGUAACAAGCGAGCGCGUGUGAGUCGUCGGCGUUAAACGCCCGGUGGCUUUUGGACGUGUUGCUAAAAAAGCACCGUGAGCUGCGGCUGAAAGCGGGCGACGAUGAACGGCGCUCCCGUCACAUGUCAUGCCGUCCGAGGGUAUCAUUUUGCCGACCUGAGUAAAGGUUCAACCAUCCUCUGCUCAACUUUGACAAUAUUUGUGUGACAUGGAGCCAGGCGCGGAUGACCUUCCCCUCCGAGCCAACACUAACCACGUACUUGUCAGACAUUACGUGCUGGACCUGACCGUUCAUUUCGACAGGAAGGUCAUCGGUGGGAGCGUCGUUCUCUUCCUGGAGCCUUGCUCUGCACUGGGCACUGCGGCUGAGGGGCACGCUGGCGCUCAGGACUACGGAGGGAGUCAAUCCCGCCAUGCGGAUGAGGUGGAAGAUGCCACGGAAGGACUCUGGGAGACUCCGACAAGGGCGAAGGAGAGGUUCGCCGCUCGCGAGGGAGACACCGCUCUGCCUGGCAGCGGGUCGGCACACGCUGCCGCUGAAAGCAGAAGUAGUCCGUCCUCACGUUCGUGGGAGACCAACAGUGGCGGUGAGUUCACCUUCUUGCUGGACUGCUGUGACCUGGACGUGUCAAAGGUGGAGGAGGUGGACGUCACCUCCGUGUCAGCCGCGCCGAGCCUCCUGCCACGCGUCGCGUCCGAGGGGUCAGCUGUCCCUUCAGUGGACCCUGGAGCAGCCUUCAUUCAGAACCUCGUCUCCAUGCCCUCUAGCCAAUGGAGGCUACAGCAGCGGCUCUUCUCGCUGUGCGGCCGAGCCCCUGGUGCUCGGGAUGGCGGCUCGCUGCAUUUUCACAGAGACCGAUGGAGUUUGCAGGUGAGGAAGAAGGGGGUGGUGUCGCCUCAGGACUUCCCCCGUGUCCUCAGGAUCUGCUACGAGACGAGGCCGGCAGGAGCCUCUGUGAGGUGGACCCAAGACCAGGACAACAGGGUGUGUGUUUACACUGCAGGUUCUCCCAUCAACAACAGAGCACUCUUCCCCUGCCAGGAGCCCCCCGUUGCCAUGUCGACGUGGCAGGCGGCAGUACGGGCCCCCAGGGAGUGCGUGGUUUUGAUGAGUGGGGAGGAGACCACUGUACCCGUUGAGGACGGGGACACACGCUCCUUAAUCUGGCAUUACUACGUCACUAUGCCCAUGCCCGCCUCCACCUUCACCUUGGCAGUGGGCCACUGGCACCAAGUCACGGCAGAAAAUCCCCCAACAUUGGAACGGGGACUGAGGGACAAGGCGGGUUGCAGCGACGCGGCCAAACUGGAGGCUGGACCUGGAGAAUUGGGAGAAGCUGACCUUACGUCUGGACUUGGAAGUUCCAUCAGUGUAGUAAAGGGCUCUCCACUCGAGACUGGCAGCGGAGACCAGACCACCUGCUCAGACUCUGCAUUUUGUUACUCUUCGCUUGAGGACGAGGGGCUCGCACUAACUGAUUAUUCAGCCACGGUGGAUGAUGGCAUGUCUUGUUCCCAUGGCGACUACCCUUGCCGAUUUACUGAGCGGUCGGCUCGGGCCCAGCAGGUGAUUCCACACCGUGUGUUUGGACCCGUCUGCUUGCUGCAGAAAGCCCAGAUGGCAGUUCUAGAUCUUUUGCCCCGAUGUCUGGCUGCAGCCCACACCGUUCUGGGUGUCCACCCAUUUCCCCGCCUGGAUGUUCUCAUCGUUCCAGCAGGUUUCUCCAGUCUGGGCAUGGCCAGCCCCCACAUGAUAUUCCUCUCCCAGAGUGUGCUCUGUGCUGGGACUCUUGGUCCCAGAGAGGACGCCCUGUCUCUGUGCGGGUCCAGGAUCUGCCACGAGAUCGCCCACUCCUGGUUCGGCCUGGUCAUCGGAGCCAGAGAUUGGACCGAAGAGUGGAUCAGCGAGGGCUUCGCAACCUACCUGGAGGACGUUAUCUGGGCCCAAGCAAAACAACUCUCGUCACAACAGACAGCAGAUCAGUCUGACCUGAAGGCACUGCUGAGGUGGAGACGGCUCUCUGACGAGUUGCAGAACUCAGAGGAGCAACUUCAAAUUCUCAGACCUAACCUGGAGAACACCGGUGAGGUCGGCGAGUCUGGCUCCUCCACUAUUAAACAUGCCCUCAACCCGGACAAAAUCUUCAUGCAAGUCCACUACCUCAAGGGUUACUUCCUCCUCAGGUUCUUGGCCAGUCAAGUGGGAGACAAAUAUUUCAUCGACUUCAUCCGAGUGUUUGUGGAGAAAUACCACGGGCAUCUCAUUUUGUCUCAGGAUUUCCUGCAAAUGCUGCUGGUUACAUUUCCCAACAUGGAGAGAAAAGGCCUCACCCUCCGUGCUAUUUAUGCUGACUGGCUCGAUCGACCGGGAAUUCCAAAGUGGCUGUAUGAGAGGAACGCCGUGUGGUCAGAGGCGCGGCUGGUGGAAGAAGUCAAAGCAGAGGUUGGAAAAUGGAUUCUCCUCAGUCAGAGUCCUCAGGGGAAGGGCAGAAAGCGGAAGAGAACAGACCCCAAGGUGAACUACAAAGAGAUGACGUCGGAGCAGCUGGUGAUGCUGUUGGAGCUCCUGCUUGAGGAAGAGGAGCUGAGCGGGGCAACGUUGGAAGCUCUGAGGAGAACUUAUGACUUACCGAAUCAAGACGCUGAGGUCAAACAUCGCUGGUGUGAGCUGGUGGUCAAACAUGCGUACGCUCGGGCUUACGCAGAUGUGGAGCACUUCAUGGUUCACAACCAGGCCAUGGGUGUGUAUCUGUACGGGGAGCUGAUGGUGCACGAGGACCCCGAGCAGCAGGCUCUGGCUCGUCGUUGCCUGUCAUUGGUCCAGGAGGAAAUGGACCAAUCAGCACGCAGCGUGGUGGAGGAGAUGAUCCUCUAACAUUAAAGUUUGCUGACUUCAGAUGGAGAUGAAAGGGGUUUGGCACACGGGGCGCAGCGCUCACCUCCUCUUCCUCGGUGAGGGGGGGGGGGGCGGCUCCACAACCACUCAAAAAGCUUUGGAGCGCUGUCGUUCUGCACAUUCAAGUCCAAAGAAAUCAGGAAUAAUGCCAGCUUUUCCUAAUGAGAUACAACAUUGUUUACUCUAUUGAUUCUGUAAUGAAAGGGAAAAAUUACACAAUUAGUUUUAAAAAGAUAGAUUUUGUGAAGGCACACUCAUCCAUGUUUAGGAGCUUGUGGAUAAGUUCACUUCCCUGUGUGUCUGUUUAGUUUAUUCCCAUGAUGUGGUUCUUAAGACUUUCAGGUCAUUCCCAUUUUUAUACACAAGAAAUUACUUCACUUAGUCCAUGACAACCCGAGGCGUAAAUUCCAGUUUUGUUACUGCUGUGUGUACGGUUUGUAAACUUGUAUAUUUUAAGUAAAGGUUUUUGAAAUGUUCAUGUUGGAAUAAAAUAUUUUUCUUAAAUACAGGA